CCAAAGCGGCAGAAGAAGAGAUGGAAGACAUGGCCCUCUACGACGGCGACCAGCAGCGUUACCUGCAGCUCCUGGCAAACGGGGGAGAAGAAGAAGUCGGCAUCGAUGCCAGCGAUGUUGACAGCAGUGACGUCGCCAGCAGCGAUGACAUCAGCGACGACGACAGCGAUGACGAUGCGAGAGAUAAACUGAGCUCUAGCGUGUCGCGGUCCGUUGGGCGAGGCAAGCGUGGUAGGGACGCGAUUGGAGCGUCUGCGGUGGUGUCGGAUCCGAACCCUCUCAUGGCGGAGAUUGGGUCGAAGUCGGAGCGCAGGCAGGCUGCCGCUCAGCGGUGGUUUAGCGACCCCCUGUUUGCCGGAAUGGACGAGACCCUCAAGGGUGGUGUGGAAGAGGAGCAAGAGGCCGAUGAUGAGCUUGCCGGCGUUGUGCCACCUUCGAAGAGAAAACGAGCCAGUGAGGGACACGACAGUGCCAAGCCAAGAGGGGCAGCAGGCGAAGAGCUUGGUGCUGCGGAGGCCCUGAUUGCGGCAAUGCCGAAGACGGAGAAAGAGAAGCGCAAGGAGAAGCGGAAGAAGGCAAGACGUUGCUACGAUUUCGUCGCGGCCGAGCGCAAGGAGCGAAAGGAGAGCAAGAACAACAAACGGAUGGGCGAGGACGGCAUCGCGGACGACGAUCUACAAGUCGUAUCCGGAGAGCGCGACCUCGAGAACCUGGACCCCAAAGAACGGGUUAAGCUCGAAAAGAAGCGAGGCCUUAUUCGAGCCGGAAUGGGUGCGGCUGCGGAUGAUGCGGAAGACGCCGGGUUCGAGGUCGCGAAGGCAAGCGGCGCGGCCAUGGCGAUGCUGGGUAAGCGGUACAAGCCCAAGUUUGCGGUGGAUGGGCUUGAUGUGGAGGACGACAGGGAGUACGGCUCCGACCAGGAACCGUAUGACGAUGAGGAUCGUGCACGGCAGCUUGCCCUCGGCACGAUGAUGCUCCGAAAGCACCGUGCGAAAGAAAUGGUUGACGCGGCGUACAACCGUUUCAGCUGGAACGACGAUGCUGACCUUCCUGAUUGGUUCGUCGACGAUGAGAAACGGCAUUACCGACCACAGGUGCCGCUGCCACCUGCACUCGUUGAGCAAAUGAAGAACAAGUUCAUGUCUCUGGCCACGAAGCCGAUCAAGAAGGUGGCGGAAGCGAGAGCGAGGAAGCGCAAGAGGGCCGCCCAGCGGCUCGUCAACGCCAAGAAGAAGGCUACCGCCUUGGCCGCAAACCCAGACAUGUCGGAGCGCGAAAAGCUGAAGGCCGUUCAGCAGGCGAUGAAAAAGGGCGCCAAACAGGACAUCCCUUCCAAGGUCUAUGUCGUGGCGGGCAAGGGGCCCUCCGGCACCAAGAAGAAGGGGGCCAAGAUCAAGAUGGUAGACGCGAGGAUGAAGAGCGACACGAGGGGGGCGAAACGCGCGAUAGUGAAGCAGGCCAUUGGAAAACCGCCCAAGAAGAAGAGGGGAAAGGGGCGACAGGGCAGGCACUGAUUAUAUUUCGAUGUUCCGUGAUACUGGCGGCGUUCCAAGUUGAUGAUUGGCGUCUGCUUCUGCGACAUUUUUUUUUUAUGUACAUGACGUCUGAAACUUGGAAACUGAUGGUGCCGAGAUAUAUGCGUAUUACCCGCCUAGGUGGCAUUGCAUGUUUGGUCGACGCGCGUUGGCUUGCGGGGGGGGGGGGGGGGGGUACUUCUUUUUAGACGUCGAACAUAACGUCAGAAACCACGUUCCGGAGAAUACGCGUCAAGUUUUGUGCACCAAUGUAGUUCCUUUUAAGUUUUAAUUGCCGAUGUCACAACUGGUUGUUUUGUUGAAAGUUUUUUCGGUUGUGUUGUGGUAAUGAGAAAUUUAAUCCGUGUGUUUGUGAUUCGAAUGCCACAUCAGUCUUGCACGCGUGCAAGAUCCAGGGCACGUCUACGAAGGUUACCACUUUCGAUAUUCGUGAGUCCUGUCCCGGGACACCUUAUGUUGUCAAUGAGGGAAUCUGUUAGAAAUGUCUUUGCGUGAAAAUAUCCGCAUCAGCAUGAAGACUCGGGUUGCUGUUGAUCACAAUUAGUAAUGGAGCCAGACUCGGGGUAUUGAAUCAUUGGAUCUGGUCGGUUAGGAAUUUUGCAAAUUGGAAAUUCGAAGCCCCGCCUUACAAAAGGUUCAUUUUAAUCUUCAUUUUCUCAUCC